AUGAGUACGGACAUUAGUCCAGAAGACAUGGUCGUGGAUCUCAUGCGGAACACUGUCCCUGGAACCCUGGACGAAGUUCUCAUACAAGCUGGCUUCCCCUUGUCGGAGAUGGACAUGGAUAGUAUUGCUUCAGAAGGCUACUUGGCGUCCCUAUGUAUUGCCUGCAACAUAGAUGUGGGCUGUGUUAAAAACAGAGUUCACCAUGCCAGCAGCUCAACAAAGGAAGCUGCCCGUCCAUUCAACAAUUCAGCUGUUCAAGGGGGCGACAAAUAUCCAGCUCGAGCUCCUAAAUCUGCCCCCGAGAGCUAUAUAUCAAGGCUUAUUGCAUUGGACAAGUUCAUCCGCAGAGUCAAGUUCUCAGCAGACAUGCAGACAGUCCAGUCUACGGGGUGUCUUGAUGUUACUCAAACCGAGUUGCACAACAGUCGCGUGUAUAUCCUUAAAAUCGAGGACGAGAUUACUGAAAACCGGAAGCUCCAGACUCAAUCCGUGAUUCAUAACCAGAAGCAUUCGUACAUGAUCAACGAGAUGCGACUCCAGGUCUUCGAUGUACAGAUUAGGUCUGAGAUUGAGCAUAGGGAAGAGCACUUGAGGUUGUUAAACAGGAUUGAAGAGCUGGAGUUGCGAUUCAGCAGAGACCAAUCUUUGAAGCAGGCUAAGAGGAUCGAGGAACUGGAGAUUGAGUUAGCAAGGGAAAAGUUGGUGCGUGGAAAAGCGGCAAGUGUUUUGCUCAAUGAGCAUGACCCUUUUGCUGCAAGGGAGGAAGCUCUCGGACUGCUGAAGCCUCCUGUAGGCCCGAAGUUGGCCCCUGCUUUGAGGUGCCAACUAGAGUCUACUGUAGAGAGCUUUCACGCAGCUCGUAGGAAGUUAUUCCGAGAGCAAGUAGCCCAGAAACUUACCUCUUGA